AUGCGCUCUGUUCGAGCGCUAGAUGUCUUAUUCACUGCGCAUGCCGCCGUGAAUCUUCUGUCGCGCGUCGCAGCGGCACAGGCGUCGAAAAUUUGUCACACACAACAGCAGCCACCGCCGUCAAGCGUUGACGCCCAACAAGCAACCAAGAGAAAUGAACAAAGGGUAGAUGAGAUUAAGGCGUCAAUAACUGAGGUUGAGGAGCCGAAUCCUAUCGAAACAGCAACGAAGCCAACGUCAUUCGAGUCGACUUUGUCGGGGUCACCGUUGCCAAUAUCUCCAGCACACACACAAUUGGGCUCAACUCCUCAAAUAGAGGCCAUUUCCCAGGCUCCAUAUGCAAAAACACUUGCGUCGCGGAAAGAGGUUCGCGAGAGGUAUGCAAAGACACCCAGCAAGCUCUAUCGAAAUGUCGAGUCUCUGACGAUUGAUACUGCACCGAGCCCAGUGGUAAUGAAAGCCUCGCGGGUGCCCUCGUCACGGAUGGGACGGCUAUUCCACUACGGAAGCUUGGCUGCCGGGAUGGGAAUCGGUGCCGCCAGCGAGUUCAUGCGACGCGCUGUGAGCCCAUCAGACGCCUCUGGGUCUGUGCUUAUGAGCGAAGCCAAUGUCACACGACUCGUGGAAAAGCUCUCGAGAAUGAGAGGGGCGGCACUCAAGUUGGGCCAGUUUAUGAGUAUCCAAGAUUCCCAUAUGUUACCACCUCAAGUGGAACAAAUCUUCCGGCGCGUGCAGAAUAAUGCACACUAUAUGCCGAAUUGGCAAAUGGAGAAAGUCAUGGCUACAGAACUGGGAGCUGAUUGGCGCUCUCACUUUUCCGAGUUCAAUCCUGUCCCUAUCGCUGCGGCCUCUAUCGGUCAGGUGCAUGCGGCAACACUCGCGUCGAAUGGAAUGCCCCUCGCUAUCAAAAUACAAUUUCCCGCGGUAGCAGAGUCGAUCACAUCGGACCUGAACAAUCUUUCCAUGCUCCUUACCGCUUCUUCUCUCCUCCCCAAAGGUUUAUUCUUGGAGAAUACGCUCAAGGCGACCAAAGCGGAACUUGAGGACGAGUGUGAUUAUCGUCGAGAGGCAGAGUGCGCGCGGCGAUUCAGACAGGAGCUGCAGGGUGACGAGAGAUUCGAGGUUAUGCAAAUUUUGGACGAUUUAUCGACAGGAAAAGUGCUGGUGAUGGAACGUAUGACUGGAGUGCCGAUUGUGCGAGCAGAGAACUGGCCCCAAGAAUUGAGGAACGAGAUUGCAUCUGGUAUCCUCAGCUUAUGCUUGAGAGAGCUGUUCCACUUCCGGUUCAUGCAAACGGAUCCCAACUGGACAAACUUCCUCUACAACACCAACAAUGGAAAGAUCCAACUCAUCGACUUUGGAGCCUCCCGCGAAUACUCGAAAGAGUUUAUGGAUGAUUGGUUAAGGCUGCUACAAGCCGGUGUUGAUGGUAACAAAGAACUCUGUGCUCGAUACUCCCUGCGUCUUGGAUAUCUCACAGGCCAGGAGAGCCAGGAAAUGGUCGAUGCACACGUUAAAUCCAUCAUGCUUCUCGCUGCUCCCUUCCGGAGAUCAACACCCCAACCAUACGACUUUGCAGACCAGACUAUUAGCGAAGAAAUUCGAGCGCUUAUACCGUUUAUGCUCCAAAAUCGUCUCACACCACCGCCACGAGAGACCUAUAGUCUUAAUAGGAAGCUCUCCGGUGCAUUCCUACUUUGUGGAAGACUCAAGGCUGAGGUCGAUUGCGCAGACGUUUGGGAAGAUGCGACGGCUGGGUAUCAGUUUACAACUGCAGACUGA